GGAAGUAGGACUGCGGUGUGGGAAGCCGCCAGGAACCCUCACCCUGUAUAAUAUAAUCCUCCGGGACAGGAGGCGUCUGUACGCCGUCAUGUGUAGUUAUUAUUAUGCGCGGUGUGACUGACGGCAGAUGCAUGUUGACGAUGCUCAGCAGUGCUAUAUCCCCCUGCGUGAUGGGAGUGACAGCGGCUCUGUGCAGGGCCGGUACCCGGGUAUGCAGAGCCGGCCACACGCUUGGAAGGAGCUGCCGCUGUCUCGCCUCCAGCACUAAGCACGGGAAGUUCCCCGGUCCCCGCCACACGUUACCCCGCAGAGGGGCGUCUAGCUCUGGGACGGAGAGCGUUUUCAAUGUGUUUGACAGGAGCAUGAAGAGGAGGCAGCGGGACUGGGCUGCUUCCCUGCCGGAUGGCCGCCAGUAUGACUACCUCAAGGAAGAAGUGGGAGGAAGAAUUGCCGACCGGGUGUUUGAUGUAGCCAGGACGUUUCCUUUUGCUUUAGAUCUUGGCUGUGGAAAGGGGUAUAUUUCUCAGCAUUUAACUAAGGAAACCGUCGAGAAAUUAGUUCAGACAGACAUGUCAGCGAAGGCUUUGAAAAGUUCUGCGCCAUCUGAAAUUCCAACCUUCAGUGUAAUAGCGGAUGAAGAAUUUAUUCCGUUUAAAGAAAAUACGUUUGAUCUUGUUGUAAGCAGUUUGAGCUUGCACUGGGUAAACGACCUGCCACGAGCAUUUCAAGAGAUACAUCGUGUCCUCAAAGAAGACGGCGUGUUUAUUGGCGCCAUGUUUGGCGGGGAAACCCUCUAUGAGCUCCGCUGCUCUUUGCAGCUGGCAGAGAUAGAACGAGAAGGAGGUUUUUCACCCCACGUGUCUCCGUUCACUGCGGUCACUGACCUCGGAAACCUUUUGGGAAGAGCUGGGUUUAACAUGCUGACUGUGGAUGCUGACGAAAUUCAGGUUCACUAUCCUGGAAUGUUUGAAGUCAUGGAAGAUCUGAAAGGUAUGGGGGAAAGUAACUGCACCUGGAACAGAAGAUCUUUGCUCCACAGGGAUUCACUGCUGGCGGCUGCUGCUAUUUACCAAGAAAUGUACGGUGAGCAGGAUGGGUCUGUCCCGGCCACCUUUCAGAUCUAUUACAUGAUUGGAUGGAAACCUCACGUGUCACAGGCAAAGCCAGCCAAGAGAGGUUCUGCGUCGGCAUCAUUUGGUGACUUAAAAAAAGUCAAUGAAAUUAUUUCAAAAGGGAAAGGGAAAGAAAGCUAAAAAGCACUGAAUUUUCCGUAUUCUGGAUGAGUGUAUUUAAUAAUAGUGUUUUGUAAUAAAUUCAUUUUCUUAUGCA